UCGCACAUUCGCGGUCUCAACAACCUUCCUGAUUAAGGGGUUGCUUGUGUAGCUCCCUGUAGCUCCCCCGCGCAGCCCGCACUAGGUAUGGGGCCCUGCACUACGUACAGUGUGCUGCUUAAGAAUCGCGGCGCUCUGAUAGGCGGGAGCUUGCCUAAGCAGGACUCCGUCAUGUCCGUCAUCGAUGCCUUCUGGAAGUGCGGUAGAACCCCUCUAACGGCGCUACGUCAAUUUAAAUAAGAAAUAUUGCCAGAAUGGCUUCCGCGACGGGAAUACCCCAACACCCCCCGAUUAAUAAUCCGGACGACGGCGGUGAACAAGGGGAUCUAGAGCCUCUUUUGGGUCGGCCGGGAGAUGCUUCUCAAAGAGAAGAUGCUCCCUUAAUCAAAAAUCUCGUUCUUGGCACCGGCAUAAUCGCCGAAGCCGCCGGCGUCCUGCUCGUCGCCUCGGUCUGGGCCGCCGUCUUCCUCAACGGGCCCCUGAUCCUCUUCUCCGUGCACCCGCUCGCGCAGUCCGCGGGCCUGCUCGUGCUCAUCCAGUCCAUCCUCGUCGUGCAGCCGACGCACACCGGCGCGCAGAAGGAGGCCGGCGCGCGGGCCCACGCCGGGCUCAACGUUCUCGGGUUCCUGAUCUUCGCGGUCGGCGUCAUCAGCAUCGAGUACAACAAGGUCGCCAACAACGGCGCCCACUUCCACUCCGCGCACGGGUACCUGGGCGUGAUCGCUUCUUUUUGGUUGUUGGCACAGUACCUCGUCGGCUUCACCAUGUUCGCCACGCCCGCCCUGUACGGCGGCGAGGCCGCCGCCAAGAAGAUCUGGAAGUACCACCGCGCGAGCGGCUACGCGCUCCUGCUCUUCCUCUCCGCCACCGUCAUCAGCGCCACACAGACCGACUACAACCUCAACGUCCUCAACAUCAAGCUCUGGGCCACCAUCGUCAUCUUCGUUCUCCUCAUCGUCGGCGUCUUCCCCAGGAUCAAGAAGCACAAGCUCGGCUUGUGAAGGGACGAUGACGGCGACGGCGACUUGGUCGUCCAGUUAGUAGGAAGAGGGUAUCUCCGACUGGCGGAUAACGGGACGCACGACGACGAAACG